UAAUUCUCCAUCGCAUGUCAAGCCUCAACUAUAAAUGCCAAAAACAGUGACUGGCCUCACGGUAUUCAAAGAGUUUGAAACACAGAGCGCAAAAAAUGAGAGCGCGAAAAGAGAUCUCUCUGGAAGACUACCUCAACUUCCUUCGCUCUCACAAGCAAACCAAUCUAACCGUAAUUCAGCUCAAUCAGAUCAUAUGGAUGCACGGGUUCAGGAAGCUGCACAAACCCAAGAUGCAUUUAACUGAAGCCCUGGAAACGAUCGAUCUAAUCGCUCCAUGUCGCUCCACACUUGAAGAAAACAUCUCGCCGUACGGAUUCAUCUCUCUAGAGGACGCAAUUGCAGACCUCAACGAGAUCAAGUGGCAAGAAUGCUGUGUGUCUUCGAUCCAAACCCUAAGCUCGUGGAAAGCACAUAACGUCUCUUACUCUUACGCUCGGAAUUCCAUUCCCCAAGGUAUCGAUCCUCCACACUUGCAAUCGAUAGUUGCUGGCAGUGGCGUUGAUGGAUCUGCUGCAGUUGCUUCAUCAUCACAUCAGGCUUCUGGAAACUUAACUAAGCAAGCAGGGAAACUGAGGCCAAAGACGAAGAGAAGCAGCAAAGAUUUGUAUCUCUUGGAUCAAGUUGAAUUCAACGGGUAAGAAUUCUUUCCUUGAUCGUUUCUCGUUCAGCACUGAAAGUGUUUCUUGCUACUUUUAUUUUCAAUAUUGCCGGGCAUUUGGAAUGGAUCUGCGAUUUUGAUCUGGUGCAAGGUCUUAUUUCUUAUGUGUUUUUCUAGUUGCAACGCUGUUUUGUAGCUAGGAAUUACCUUUUUGUACGUACUGCCCUGUGGCAUCUUCUAUGGUGGUUGUUCUUGA